AUGCUCGGGCCGCUCCAGGGCCUUCCGCCCGGCCACCAGCAGCAACAGCAACAGCAGCAGCAGCAGCAACAACAACAACAGCAGCAACAACAGCAGCAGCAAGGCGGGCCGGGGCAGGGCAGCCAGAUCCCGCCGCCGCCGCCGCAGAGCGGGCAAGACUUUACGCUCAGCAGCGUGCUCCACUUCCUCCAGACGGAAUGGCGGCGGUACGAGCGCGACAGGAACGAGUGGGAGAUCGAGCGGGCCGAGAUGCGGGCCCGCAUAGCGCUGCUCGAGGGCGAGCGGCGCUCCUUUGACAAUGUCAAGCUCGACCUCAUGCGCCGGAUCAAAAUGCUCGAGUACGCGCUACGCAUGGAGCGCUCCAAACAACUCGCGCAGCCCGCACCGGCGUCUAUACCCCCCUCCAAGCUCGCGGCACUGCAGACCGGCUCGGCGGGCACGUCGCUCAAGGACGACGCGGGCAGCCAUAAGGACGCCAGCGGCGGUAGCUCACCUCGGAGCGAGGACUCGCCGCUUCCACCAGACGCCAGGGUUCCGAACGGUAUCGCGACGCGGAGCGAAAAUGGACGGGCCGCGACCUGGGGCACAAGCAGCUGGGCCAACGCGCCCGGUGGUGCCGCUCAAGCCCUCGCGAAGCCUGCUACUGGCCGUGAUCCCAAGAGCCGGGCACGCAGUCGUGACUUCUUGAAACAGUGCCUGCAAGAGGUCUCCUACCUCACGUCGCCGCAGGCCAUCAAUCCGCUCCCGAACCGGCCGCUUCUCAAUUCGAGUUCGCUUCCCCUUGCGCUGCCGAACGUGCCUUCCUUCGAACAAAUGGCGCUCAACUCGCGCCCACGCAAGGUGAUGCCCGACGUCAGCAAGGACGGUGCCGCCCCGGGCUUCUCUGGUAGCAUGCUGAAUGGCGCGAGUCUCAUGUCCGGUCCACCCUCGGCGCCGGCGUCCAGCGGGCCGCAGAUCCCGCUGCUGGAGAGGGGUAACCUCGGGAGCGGAUUGCUGCAGAAUCAGGCUCCGGGCUCGCUGUUGCAGCAACAGCAGCAGCAGCAGCAGCAACCGCCCUCGAACGGCGCAUCGGCAUUCGGCGGGCCGCUCCACCAGCCGCCGCCUCCGCAACCUCCCGCGACACAGCAGCAACCACCGCAGCAGCAGGAGAGGAAGGAGGACGGGGAGGAGGCGAGGCAACUGACGGCGAUAUUCAGGCCAGACGACGCAGGCGAGUGGAAGGAGAAGCUGCGGCUCGCGCAUGAGGCGAGCGAGCAGGCGCGGCUCGAGAGGGAGCGGGCGGCGGGCUGGGAGCAGGACGGGCGGGAUGAGGAUGAGAAGGAGGAGGAAGAGGCGGAGGCGGAGGAAGACGAGGCGGUCGUAGGUGAGGGCGAGGGCACGAAAGUGUGGAAGGCGAAGAGGACGUUGAGAAAUCACCUUGACGCCGUGCGCGCGAUCGCGUUCCACCCGACCGAGCUGUGUCUCGCGACGGGCAGCGACGACUGCACGGUCAAGAUAUGGCGGAUGAACGUCUCGGACCUUACCUCAUCGACCGCGCGGCCCACGACCGAGGUCGAGCCGCAGCUCACGCUCCGCGGGCACUCGGCCGCGAUCACGCGCCUACUUCACGCGCCCUCGAAGGGCCUGCUCUACUCGGCCUCGCUUGACUCGUCUAUCCGUGUAUGGGCGCUUCCCGCGCACGGGCACACCACGUACGCGCCGUACGACCACACGCGCGCUCGGGGCGAGCUCGUCGGGCACACGGAUGCCGUAUGGGAUCUCGCGCUUGUGCGUGACGAGGGCACGCUCGUCAGCUGCGGUGCCGAGGGCGCGGUGAAGGUGUGGGACGUGAGCGGGCCGAGUGGCGGUGGGAGCUUGAUGCUCACGUGGGGGUACUACGGCCUCGAGCGCGAGAAGGAGGGAGAGGGAGCCGAGGGCGAGGGCGGGGAUGCGCCGGGCGCGACGGCGGUGGAGGCCAUCAAGACGGAUCUGAAGAAGGUCGCGGUCGCGUACCAGACGGCGGUGAUCAAGAUCUUCGACGUGCAGACAGGGAAGGAGGUCCUCCGGUUACAGAGCGUGCCUGGUCAAGAUAACACUCCCGAAACGCAGGUCAACAGCCUUGCUUCGCAUCCGACGAUGCCACUUUUGGUUACCGCGCAUGAGGAUAAAUAUAUUCGCAUCUUCGAUAUUUCCACAGGGCAAUGUACGCACUCGAUGCUCGCCCACCUGGAUGGCGUCACCUCGCUUUCGAUCGACGCGGCCGGCUUCUCGCUAGUCUCCGGCAGCCACGAUUGCUCCGUGCGCUUCUGGGACCUGCUGGGCUCCAAGACGUGCGUGCAGGAGAUCACAAGUCACCGCGAGAAGGCGCGCGAAGGCGUACUCGACGUCCAGUUCCACCCUUCGCUGCCGUUCAUGGCCAGCGCUGGCGCGGACGGCGUGGUCAAGCUGUACGGCUGAUCCCGGCAUGAUUCUCCACCCGUUAUCAUCAUCUAAAAUACACCAUUUUUCCAUGUCUUUUUCUCUCUCUCUCACCUCGCACGACGCCUCUUGUUGUCUACGCUUUGACUUCCUCCUCAACCCGGAAUGGCCUGUACCCACCGCAUUCGUACCCCUGUGCCGGCGCGCGCGCUCCAGCUAUACCUACAUUGUUCGCUUUCUGUCCUCUUCACGGAGGGAUCGCACGUAAUUUCGAUGGCGGAAGGAUC